GUCGUUUAUACUACUCGCUACCUUUCCAACUAAUGCUACCUUCGAGUAGUCCUUCCUCACUCGGCAGUAUAUCCUUCCUCUUGAUACAGCUGUGUGCAGCCGACUCAGGGGAUGCUGUUCCUGAGGCAUUUCCCUCCCGUAGUAUCCUAUCGCCCUACCUUCGUCGUUCUGAUGAUUAUCUCAUAUUCGCCAACAUACUCGCUGUCGUUGUAUUUGCGGUAAGCCAAUGCCUGGUCACUCUCCAGGAGAGGAGGAGGGGGGAUCCUGACUGCCCUGCAGUAUUACGACAGAAGAGGAAGGGGAUGGAGGGCCUGAUGAACCCAAGUGUGGAUGCCCUCACCGACAUCACCUCGAACCGCCUCCCAUGGAGGCCUUAUCGCACCAAGGACCAGCAGCAUGCCCCUCAGCAGGAUGCGGUCUUUAACUUCUUCGAUGAUGCCCGCCAGGGGUCCCAUACCUCGCCAUCAGACCCUUUACCUGAGGGGUCCUCCUCGACAGCCGAUCAGGUCCUCAAGUGUCAGUACUGCGAGAACUUCACAGUAGUUCGAACCGUCACCCCACAGCCUGGCGGCAUGCGAGUGUCGGUCUCGACUAGAGUCCCAGCAGCGCCCGUCCUACCUACACCUCACCAAGAACAGCAGUCGGCAAUGAGUGAGGGCAUGAAUGCAGGAGGGCCUGUCCAGCGAUCAGGUGACAACAGACUACGGAAACGCCGUUCGAUGCGGCGAUGAUGAUAAUGAUAA